AUGGCCGAGGCGUUUGGAAUUGUAUCUGGUGCUGCCGGGAUCGCCGCUGCUUUUACCUCAUGUGUUGAUUGCUUCCAGUACGUGCAGGUCGGCCGCCACUUUGGACGAGACUUCCAAACAGAUCUGCUAUCUCUGAAUUUUGCAAGGCUCCGUCUGACACGCUGGGGGCAAGCCGUCAAUGUCCUCGGUGAUCCGCAAUUGGGCAGGCCUGACGCAACCCCAGAUGAGCUUCGUGCUGUGAAGAAUAGCUUACUUCAAAUUCUUGUCCUUUUCACCGGCACAGAGAAAAUCUCCAAGAAGUACAAGCUCAACGCAAAGGCUGGCGAUGAUCUCUCUAUACUCUCGGCUGGUGAUUUGGAGCCUGCAAUUGUAUCACUCGAAAACAAGAUGAAAGCGCUGGCAAUGAAGAGACAGAAAAGGACCAGCAUCUCGAAGACAGCAAGCUGGGCUCUUUACCAUAGAUCGGAACUCAGAGAACUCAUCACAAGCAUUACCUCGCUCAUCGACCAGAUGGAAAAUCUUUUUCCUGCACCGCAAAAGCAGGUUGCCCUCGUCAGGGAAGAAAUAGCAGAGAUACAGGACAGUCAAGCGUUGAAAUACGUCGAGAAGGCCGCCGAGGGCGUUGACGACAUGCUCUAUCAGGCUGCAAAAGAAGCCCGUACCGGCCAUCAAUACUUGAACGUGAAGAUUACAAACAAAGCCAAAGGUCAGACUGCAGACACAUAUAGCAGUGACUGGAAUGGCAAGGCGGUUGGAACGUCUCAUUCAUACAAUGGUGUGCUGGUGAAUGAUGCAACGGCUUUGAUCGGAAACACUUAUGGUGGAAAGGACUUCUGGGAGGAGUGA